AUGCUCAAGGUCGCCAGCAACAACCAGUGCUUGGACGCGUACAAGGACAACGCCGACGGCAAGUUCAAGGUGCACACAUAUGCGUGCGACGUCACCAACAGCAACCAAAAGUGGAACUUCAACCCGAGCACCAAGACACUCGAGCACGCGACCCACGCCGGCCAGUGCUUGGACGCCGACCCGACGUACGCCGACCGCCACGCGCAAAUGUGGGCGUGCACGCCCAACAACGUCAACCAGCAGUGGUCCAUUGAUGCGUUCUCGAGUUAACUCGAAUGGAUUUUGAUAAAUUUUCUUGCGUGAUCG